GCACCACUAACGCCCUGUAUAGCUUUCGUCUUACACUUCACCUUACUUUUUUUUUUUUUUUUUUCACCAUGACUACAAACGCGAACGUACCUUACCGACCCACUCCAGCCGAUAUCACCAUCAACAACCAUCGUCCGGGAGACCCGUCAAAGGUCCUCUUCAAAGAUGUUCAAAUCCUCGAUUCCACCGGAGCUCUACCAUACAAAGGAAAUGUCCUCAUCGAAGGCGAGCGGAUUUCCAGCGUCGGAGAUGUGGAUGAAAGCGCCAUCGAAGGAGCUUUGAUCAUAGAUGGGGAGGGGAAGAAAACCCUGAUGUCUGGCUUGAUAGACGCCCAUACCCAUCUGAGUUGGAACAACGCGCCUACCAUUCACGGCUUGACCAAUCUGCAGCUCGAAGAGCAUGUCUUGCAUACUGCCAAUUCAGCCAAGACAUACAUUGACUGCGGAUAUACAAUGUGUUUUGGAGCUGCAUCUGCACGAUCGCGUCUCGACAUCGCUAUCAAGGGUGCCAUUAAGUCUGGAUUGAUCUCGGGUCCGCGAACACUGGCCAAUACCCCCGAAAUCACGACCACCGGAGGAGCUAUUGUACCAAGUAUCUCCCGUUACGCGGAUGGCCCUUAUGAAAUGCGCAAGAUUGUCCGUGAAUUUAUCCUGCUAGGUGCCGAUAAUAUCAAGCUCAGCAUGACGGGUGAUGACAUUCAUGAGACCAUGCGCAGCGAGGAUACCUAUUUCACCUUGGAGGAGACUGUGGCAGCGGUAGAAGAGGCCCAUAACCGAGGAAAACGUGUGUGCAGCCAUGCUCGGAGCGCUGCCUCUGUCAAGCACAGCCUUCGAGCCGGAGUCGAUAUGAUUUACCAUGCGAGCUUCAUUGACGAGGAAGGAAUGGACAUGCUCGAACAGGCAAAGGAUACCGUGUUUAUUGCUCCCGCCAUCAACUUCCCAUUUGCUAGUUGUCAGGGCGAUGCGAUUACAUUUGGAUUGACACCUGAGAUGGCAGCAAAGAAGGGUCUCAAGUACGAAGUGGAGAUGGCUUGCAAAGCUAUGCAAGAAAUGCACCGACGGGGCAUCCGUAUAUUGCCGGGGGGAGACUAUGGGUUUGCCUGGGCUCCGCAUGGUACUUACGCUCGGGAUCUCAAGCACUUUGUUGAUCUGUUUGGCUACACGCCAAUGGAAAGCAUUCUUGCGGCGACUUCGCUUGGAGGGGAGCUGAUGGGAUACCCGGAUGAUUUGGGCAAGGUGCGGCCAGGGUUCUACGCCGAUGUUAUUUUGGUCGACGGGGAUCCUUUGAAAGAGAUAGAGGUUUUGCAGGAUCAAAAUCGGUUGCAUGCCAUUGUUAUCAAUGGCCAUGUUCAUAAGAACAUGUCCAAGGGGGCUUAGAGUGCCGUAUAGCUAGGUGUGUACAAAUAAGGAAUAAAUGUAAAUGCA